ACUGAAUGUCACUGAUUGAGUUUUGGAAGCUCUGGAUGAAAACUACAUCCUUUUUAAUUAUUUACUCUUUUCCUGCACCAGCAUCCAAAUUUAUAAAGGAUUAAUCAUAACCACAGGAUCUCUUUAAUCAUUAGGAUUUGAUCAAGCAAAGCUUGAAUCAGGGAAUAGCUAAGGAAGAAGAAUACAAUACAAGUAUGAGCAGUGAGAAAGGAAAAUUGGUUUGUGUGACUGGUGGUUCAGGUUAUAUUGCUUCAUGGAUUGUCAAGUUUCUCCUCCAACGUGGUUACACUGUCAGGGCCACUGUUCGUGACCUCGGUAAUCCCAAGAAGGUUGAGCAUUUGGUUAAACUUGAUGGUGCAAAAGAGAGGUUGCAUCUGUUUAAGGCAGAUUUGGUGGAAGAAGGUUCUUUUGAUUCUGCUAUUCAGGGUUGUCAUGGUGUCUUCCACACUGCCUCUCCCUCUCUUUUUGUUGUCAAUAACCCUCAGGCUGAACUAAUUGAUCCAGCAGUGAAGGGAACUCUUAAUGUUGUUAAAUCAUGUGCAAAAUCGCCGUCUGUGAAACGAGUUGUUUUAACUUCUUCCAUGGCUGCAGUUUUAUAUAAUGGAAGGCCUCGAACUCCUGAAGUAGUAGUUGAUGAGACAUGGUUUUCAAAUCCUAAUUUCUUAAGGGAACAAGAGAUGUGGUAUCAAUUUUCUAAGACUUCUGCUGAAGAUGCUGCUAGGACAUUUUUAAGCAAAAACAACAUUGGCUUGAUUGUUAUCAACCCAGGACUUUCGAUUGGUCCUCUCUUGCAACCAGAGCUUAAUUCAAGUGCCUCUUCAAUUUUGAAAUUAAUAAAUGGUUCACAAACAUUUCCAAAUGCUACUUUCGGGUGGAUCAAUGUGAAAGAUGUUGCUAACGCUCAUAUUCAGGCAUAUGAGGUUGCUUCAGCUACUGGAAGAUAUUGUCUAGCUGAAAGAGUGGCACACUUCUCUGAAAUUGCCAAGAUUUUACGUGAUAUAUACCCCACAUUACAAAUUCCAGAGAAGUGUGCAGAUGAUAAACCUUUAAUACCAACAUUUCAAGUUUCUAAAGAAAAGGCAAAGAGUUUGGGAAUUCAUGAAUUUAUUCCUUUAGAAGUGAGCCUCAAGGAGACGGUAGAAAGCUUACAAGAAAAGUUCAUUAACACCUGAUUUGUGAUACCUCAUUCAAGUGUAUUUUCAACAAGCAAAUAGUUGUAGAGUUCCACAUAAAAGAUGAUAAACUGCUUUCCUAGAAAGGGAGAACUUUCCAUAUUGCAAGUCUUCAAGCCAAAGUAUGUCAGAUGCAAGCUGGAAGAGUCAGCUCAAGGUUUACGGUAACAGAGUUCAUCAAGCAAAACCAAAGAUAUUAGGUACUUGUUGAAGCAUAUGAACACUUUCCACCAUCAAGUAACGGUCCAUCCAUUGCUAUAUCAGCUACCACAUCAAAAAAAUCAUCAAUUUCACAUCUCCUGAAGUCAGAACCAUCAAUUUCAUAUCUCCUGACGACAAUUUCAUUAAGUACUUUAAGCAGCUCAGAAUCAUUGAGAUUACAGCUUCUCAAUGUGUUUUGAUCUUGGACACCACAUCUUAACCCAAAACAAACCAUCGGCUCUGAUACCAAGGAGAUCUUGGACACCACAUCUUAACCCAAAACCUUAAGGCAUUAGGUUUAUGGGUCACAUCUCUUAUAAACUCUCUCUCACCUUGACUUCUCCGAUGUGGGACUUGACUCCAACACUUGAUUCCAACAGUAUCAUCUCCAUGUACAUAAAUAUUAAUAAAUUAUAUAUUGCUCCAUCCCGCUUAUAAUUCUCCUCAA